AUGAAACAACAGCAGCAAACAGCAGCAAAAUUCGAAAACAGCUGCAGCAGCAGCAGAAACAGCAGCAGCAGUGACAGAAACAGCAGCAGCGCAAGCAGCAGAGCAGCAGCAACAGCAGAAACAGCAGCAGCAGCACAAGCAGCAGAGCAGCAGCAGAAACAGCAGCAGCAGCACAAGCAGCAGCACAAACAGCAGCAGCAGAAACAUGAACAGCAGCAGCAGCAGCACAAGCAGCAGCACAAACAGCAGCAGCAGAAACAUGAACAGCAGCAGCAGCAGCAGCAGCAGCAGCACAAGCAGCAGCACAAACAGCAGCAGCAGAAACAUGACCAGCAGCAGCAGCAGCAGUAG